AUGACUUGCAAAUUACUUUUAAUGGUAGAGAUUAGGGACAUGAGCCAUGAGACACCAUGCAGUGAUUUCGGUACCGACUUCUGGGGCCUCAUAAACCCGGACUGGAGUCUCUGUAGCAAAGGCCGCCGCCAGUCUCCGAUAGACAUUGACCCAGCGAGACUCCUUUAUGACCCGAAUCUAAGACUACUCCAUAUUGACAAACACAGGGUGUCUGGUCUCCUGGAGAACUCCGGCCACAGCGUGGUGUUCACUCUGGACGGCGGGAAGGUUCCGCUGAACGUGACCGGCGGGCCGCUGUCCUACCGCUACCAGCUCACCGAAGCUCACCUGCGCUUCGGCAACGCGGACCUGCUGGGCUCUGAGCACACCAUCAACGGCAAGGCUUUCCCGGCGGAGAUCCAGCUCUUCGGGUUCAAUUCUCAGCUCUACGCCAAUUUCUCCCAGGCACUUGAUAAGGCUUAUGGCAUUGUUGGCAUUUCCCUCUUACUGCAGAUUGGUGAAAGAUCUAAUCCCGCCCUCAGUCAGCUCACAGCGGGCGUGGAUCAGAUCAAAUAUGUGGGAAACACGUAUACGGUCCGCCACCUCAGCAUACACGACCUCCUGCCGGACACCUCCUACUACAUGACCUACGAGGGCUCUACCACCAUGCCCGCCUGUCAUGAGACGGUCACGUGGGUCAUCAGCAACAAGCCCAUUUACAUCACCAAAGAUCAGUUGCUUAGUCUGAGGAAGCUGACACAGGCCGAGGACGCCAACAAGGGAGGGGCGCCUCUCUCCAACAACUUCCGUCCACCGCAGAAACUUCACCACAGACCCGUCCGUACCAACAUAGACUUUUCCAACGCUAAACAAUGGCGUCCGUCUCCUGCAGAGGGCCGAAGGGAAACAACCGGCAGUGCUGAAAAUCUGCCUUUGAAAACCAUUAAAAGCGCCCAUAUUCAAAAUGAGCCCAGAUAUAGAAAAGUCGAAGUGUUUUUCAAGUGUUUCAUCGAGAACAUUCCCCGUGCAUCUGAGACAUUACAAAACUCUUACGAAGUUGGAGCAUCCCAUAAGCUUCACAAAGGCGGGCCCGACACCGGCCAAGUCCGCUCCGCCACACUCUACAUAAACUUAGUAAAGUGGAGGCUAAACUUCUGA